UCUCGGUCGCACUGUUUGCUGCUCAGCCACGUUAUAGCGUCUACACCUGAGGUCGGGUGAUCACUGAGAGAGGGUCAGCGUGCGCCGCGAGAGCUCGGUUGCCCGGACGGAGGGCGUGCGCACACUGCGGGCCUCGGAACGCCGCGUAGGAAUUAAUGCUUCAUCAAGGGAAGUUUGUAUUUUCCUCUUGAGCAUUGCUUCAUCAUGCGAAAUCUAAAGUUGCUUCGGAGUCUGGAGUUCAGGGAUAUUCAAGCACCAGGGAAACCUCAGUGCUUCUCUCUCCGAACCGAGCAAGGAACAGUGCUCAUUGGCUCAGAACGCGGACUGAUAGAAGUAGAUCCUGUCACAAGAGAAGUGAAAAAUGAAAUUCCUCUGGUGGCAGAAGGCUUUCUUCCUGAGGAUGGAAGUGGCUGCAUUGUUGGUAUUCAGGACUUGCUGGAUCAGGAAUCUGUGUGUGUGGCAACAGCCUCUGGAGACGUCAUACUCUGCAAUCUCGGCACACACCAGUUGGAAUGUGUUGGGAGUGUGGCCAGUGGCAUCUCUGUCAUGAGCUGGAGUCCUGACCAAGAGUUGGUGCUUCUUGCCACAGGUCAACAGACCUUGAUUAUGAUGACAAGAGACUUUGAACCAAUCAUGGAGCAGCAAAUCCACCAGGAUGAUUUUGGUGAAAGCAAGUUUGUCACUGUUGGAUGGGGCAAGAAGGAGACACAGUUCCAUGGAUCAGAAGGCAGGCAAGCAGCCUUUCAGAUGCAAUUGCAUGAGUCUGCGCUGCCCUGGGAUGACCACAGACCACGUGUCACCUGGCGUGGAGAUGGGCAGUUUUUUGCUGUGAGUGUUGUUUGCCCAGAAACAGGGGCGCGCAAGGUCAGAGUGUGGAACCGAGAGUUUGCUUUGCAGUCAACCAGUGAGCCUGUGGCAGGACUGGGACCAGCUUUGGCCUGGAAACCCUCAGGUAGUUUGAUUGCAUCUACACAAGAUAAACCCAACCAGCAGGAUGUUGUGUUUUUUGAGAAAAAUGGACUUCUUCAUGGACAUUUUACACUUCCUUUCUUCAAAGAUGAGGUCAAGGUAAAUGACUUACUCUGGAAUGCAGACUCCUCUGUGCUUGCUGUUUGGCUAGAAGACCUUCAGAGAGAAGAACAUUCUGCUUUGAAAACCUAUGUUCAGCUCUGGACCGUUGGAAACUAUCACUGGUAUCUCAAACAGAGUCUGCCCUUCAGCACCAGUGGGAAGAGUAAGAUCGUGUCUCUUAUGUGGGACCCGGUGACUCCAUACCGGCUGCAUGUUCUCUGUCAGGGCUGGCAUUACCUCUGCUAUGACUGGCACUGGACCACUGACCGGAGCUCAGGAGAUAAUUCAAGUGACCUGGCAAAUGUGGCUGUCAUUGAUGGAAACAGGGUAUUGGUGACAGUCUUCCGGCAGACUGUAAUUCCACCUCCCAUGUGCACCUACCGACUGCUGCUUCCUCACCCAGCGAAUCAAGUCAUGUUCUUUGCACACCCUACAAAGAGUAACGACCUUGCUGUUCUAGAUGCCAGUAACCAGAUUUCUGUUUAUAAAUGUGGUGAUAGUCCAAGUGUGGACCCCACAGUGAAACUAGGAGCUGUGGGUGGAAAUGGAUUUAAAGUUGCCCUUAGAACACCUCAUCUGGAAAAGAGAUACACAAUUCAGUUUGAGAAUAGUGAAGACCAAGAAGUAAACCCACUGAAGUUCAGCCUUCUCACCUGGAUUGAAGAAGACAUUUUCCUGGCCAUAAGUCAUAGUCAGUCCAGCUCACAAUCUGUCAUUCACCAUUUGACUAUGGUCCCUUCUGAGAUGGAUGAGGAGCAAGGACAGCUCAAUGUCAGUUCUUCUGUGACAGUGGAUGGGAUCAUAAUCAGUAUGUGUUGCAGUCCCAAGACUAAAUCAGUAGCAGUGCAGCUGGUUGAUGGCCAGAUACUGAAGUACCUUUGGGAGUCACCUUCUCUGACUGUUGAACCAUGGAAGAACCCUGGUGGAUUUCCUGUUCAGUUUCCUUAUCCAUGUACACAGAUAGAAUUGGCCAUGAUAGGAGGAGAGGAAUGUGUCCUUGGUCUGACUGAUCGGUGUCGCUUUUUCAUCAAUGACACUGAGGUUGCAUCAAAUAUCACAUCAUUUGCAGUAUAUGAUGAUUUUUUAUUGUUGACAACCCAUUCCCAUACAUGCCAGUGUUUUCCCCUGAGGGAUGCUUCACUUAAAACAUUACAGGCAGGUCUGUGCAGUAAUCACACAUCUAAUGGGGAAGUUCUACGGAAGGUGGAGAGGGGUUCACGGAUUGUCACAGUUGUGCCCCAGGACACAAAGCUUAUAUUACAGAUGCCAAGGGGAAACUUAGAAGUUGUUCAUCAUCGAGCCCUUGUUUUAACUCAGAUUCGGAAGUGGCUGGACAAACUUAUGUUCAAAGAAGCAUUUGAAUGCAUGAGAAAACUAAGAAUUAAUCUCAACCUGAUUCAUGAUCAUAACCCCAAGGUGUUUCUUGAAAACGUGGAAACCUUCAUAAGACAGAUAGAUUCUGUAAAUCAUAUAAAUUUGUUUUUCACAGAAUUGAAGGAAGAAGAUGUCACAAAGACUAUGUACCCUCCACCAGUCAACAGCAGCAUCCAACUGUCCAGGGAUACCAGUGAGAAAAAACUUGACCUUAUCUGUGAUGCUAUGCGAGCAGCCAUGGAGAACAUAAACCCUCACAAGUACUGCCUAUCCAUACUCACAUCUCAUGUGAAGAAAACUACCCCAGAAUUGGAAAUUGUCCUGCAGAAGGUACACGAACUUCAAGAAAAUGCUCCAUCUGUUCCUGAUGCUGUAAGUGCAGAGGAGGCCUUAAAAUACUUACUGCUUCUGGUGGAUGUUAAUGAAUUAUAUGAUCAUUCCCUUGGAACCUAUGACUUUGACUUGGUCCUCAUGGUAGCUGAAAAGUCACAAAAGGAUCCCAAAGAAUAUCUUCCAUUUCUUAAUACACUUAAGAAAAUGGAAACUAAUUACCAGCGGUUCACUAUAGAUAAACACUUGAAACGGUUUGAAAAGGCCAUUGGCCACCUCAGCAAGUGUGGACCUGAGUACUUCCCAGAAUGCCUAAAUUUAAUAAAAGAUAAAAAUUUGUAUAAGGAAGCUCUGAAGUUAUAUCCGCCAAACUCCCAGCAGUACCAGGCUAUCAGCAUUGCUUAUGGGGAACACCUGGUGCAGGAGCAGCUGCAUGAGCCAGCGGGGCUUGUGUUUGCCCGUUGUGGUGCCCACUCUAAAGCGCUCUCAGCCUUUCUGACUUGUGGCAGCUGGCAGCAAGCCCUCUGUGUGGCAGCUCAGCUUGAUUUGACCAAAGACCAGCUGGCUGACCUUGGUAGAACUCUGGCAGGAAAGCUCGUGGAGCAGAGGAAGUACAGUGAUGCGGCCAUAGUUCUGGAACAGUAUGCCCAGGAUUAUGAAGAAGCUGUGCUCUUACUGUUAGAAGGAGCUGCCUGGGAAGAGGCUCUGAGAUUGGUAUACAAAUAUAACAGACUGGAUAUUAUAGAGACCAACAUAAAGCCUUCCAUUUUAGAAGCCCAGAAAAAUUACAUGGCAUUUUUGGACUCUGAAACAGCCAUAUUCAGUCGCCAUAAAAAUCGCUUGCUGGUGGUUCGAGAGCUCAAGGAGCAAGCGCCGCAGGCGCAUCUGGAGGAAGAGGUAACCCAUGGUCAAGAGUCAGACCUCUUCUCUGAAACCAGCAGUGUUGUGAGCGGCAGUGAGAUGAGUGGCAGGUACUCCCACAGUAACUCCAGAAUAUCAGCGAGAUCAUCUAAGAAUCGCCGCAAGGCAGAGCGGAAGAAGCACAGCCUCAAAGAAGGGAGUCCACAGGAGGAUCUGGCCCUGUUGGAGGCAUUGAGUGAAGUGGUACAAAGCACAGAAAAAUUAAAAGAUGAAGUACAUCAUCUUUUAAAGAUGCUCUUUCUCUUUGAGUUUGAUGAGCAAGGAAGGGAAUUACAGACGGCCUUUGAGGGUGCUCUGCAGCUGAUGGAAAGGUCACUGCCAGAAAUUUGGACUCUCGCCUAUCAGCAGAAUUCCACCACACCUGUUCUAGGUCCCAAUUCCACUGCAAAUAGCAUCAUGGCCUCUUACCAACAGCAGAAGACACCAGUUCCUGUUCUUGAUGCUGAGAUUUUUAUACCACCAAAGAUGGACAGAACCCAGUGGAAACUGAGCUUGCUAGAGUGACUGACCAUUAGGAAGUCCCCAGCAGAGAAGACUCCUUCCACCCUAUGUUCCUGAGGCCUGGCAUUGGAGAACUGGAAGUGUUCUGAUCUGUCUAGUGUUGCCGAGAGCUGCUAUAGUCACAGACCUCAGCAGACACCAGGCAAUUCUAUUUUUAUUUCCCUUGGAGAGGAUACAUCUUAGUCAUUAGCAAAACUUUGAGCUGUAGCCAAUAUAUCAUAAUUUCUUAAAGAAUCUCUGCUCUUGUACUUAAUGCUGUUUGAGAGCAUUAUUAUUUAUGGUAAUCAUGAGAUUAGGUCUCAUUUCCAGCUACAAGUCUGAUUUAUAUAGGGACUUUGGACAUGUCACGCAAUUGAUUUGUACCUCUGUUCUUAUCUGUUAAUAGAGAAUGAUGUUUCAUGGCUUCUACCUCAAAAAUGUGAAGACAAGUAAUGUUACUUACUUGUUUUAUGUUACUGGAAGAGAGCACUAUAUAUAAACAAAGACUAGUAGUGCUACCAGCAGUCAGAUGUAGACACUUAACUGGCUUCACUUUAAAGCAAAAUAAAAAUCAAAUGUGUCAUCUAA